AUGGCCAACAAAGAGCAUAGAUUCCUACUUAGUACCACAAGAGAUGGAGAUGGAGAUGUAGAAUAUUUCAAGAAAAACGACAUGGACUUUGCUACAAGAAGACAUGACAUGGGCGGAAAUGCAAAGGCAGUUUCGAAGGCUAAUGUUAUCCACGUUCCUCCACAGGGUAGUCGAAGGAGAGGCCGGUUUCGAGCGCAUAGAUCUCCAUUACCAUGGCAGGAAGGGAUUUUCAAUGCUAGCGCCCAUGAAGUUCCUAGUGGUCCAAAUCCCAUUUCUAAUAGGGCAUGCCCUUGUCUCAUAGGGUUGAAGGAGAGACAUAAUGAUUCAAAAAAGUAUGUGGGUUUAGGCCUUUUGUUUAGGACGAGACUAAAUACAAUUAUGAAAGGGAAAGGAAAGGCCCAAAACACCAUAGUUUUGCGUGUAAAGUCAUGCGGACCUGGCAUCCAAAGCUGUAGUGAAGGGUCCCUUUCCUUCCUCGUUUCAGUUUCCCAAAAUAGCCCCGCUCCAAUCCUGUUUACUACAUUAGCUGCCACUCCGUCUCUUUCUUGUUAA